AUGGUUUCCGUCUCACCCGCUUCGAUGUCCCUCGUUGAACAACCCUGCGGUAUCGGACGUGACCGAGUGCUCGACGGUGUCGUUGUUCUGAAUGGUCAGUACCUGUCCGGGCAUCACCGACUCCGGCGUCGAAUACCGAAGCCGCUGAUCACGAUUCCCAUCGACGACGCUCCCGGCGUCGACAUACCCAGAGGCAUGCUCGGCAUCGACAUACUGCCGAGAAGGCUCCUGCCGUUCUCUGGAAGGAACCUGCCGGACGAGCACGACUACCCGGCGGCCCGCGAUUACCUCCAGUUGGGUGCGACACCGGUUCAGGUCCAGCUCGUGUACGCCCUCAAGACGGCGACGCUGGUCUCGAAGAAGGCCAAGGACAUCCUGCGGGCCGCCGGGCUACCCCCUGCUCCCGGUCGACAACCCGCACGUUGCUGCCGACCUGUUGAAGAUCCGCAAGGGGAUCGCGCUGUCUCCGAUCCUGCUGGUGCAGGAGACUUCCGCGCCGGAGUACCGGCGCAGAUCGCCGACGGCUACCACCGUGUCUGUGCGAGCUACCACGUGGACGAGAACACCGGCAUCCCUGCAAAGAUCGCUCCCUCGACAGUGACGCCUUGGCAUGUCCCCGUGGUGGUCGGCGAACUUGCCGCGGGCGUCGUCUUCGGUGUCACCGGUUUCGGGCUGCUCGACUCUUCGGACCAGACUUUCACGUUCCUGGCCGAUAUCGGGUUCGCGCUCACGAUGAUGGUGGCCGGCUCACACGUCCCGGUCCGCGAUCCGGCAGUUCGUGCGGCAAUCGGCAAGGGUGCCGUUCGCUCGGUUGUCGUCGGACUCCUGUCGGUGGUUGCCGGCUACGGUGCGGCGACGGCAUUCGGCACCGGUCACGCCGCGCUGUACGCGGUCCUGAUCGCGUCGUCGUCCGCGGCGUUGAUUCUCCCCAUCGUCGAUUCGCUGGGGCUCGGUGGAACCUCGGUUCUGCAGAUGACUGCCCAGGUCGCGAUCGCGGACACCGUCUGCAUUGUCGCGCUGCCUCUGGUGAUCGAUCCGGACAAUGCCCCUCGUGCCGGUGUCGGCGCAUUGGCGGUGGCGGCGUGUGCGGUUGCCUUGUUCUUCGUACUGCGAGCCUUCCACCGGUCCGGCCAUUGGCGAAAGCUCCACAAAUUCUCGGAGAAACGAAAGUUUGCACUCGAACUCCGGAUCAAUCUGGUGAUCCUCUUUCUCUGGCAGCGCUGGCCUCCAGCACUCACGUGUCGAUCAUGCUCGCGGGCUUCGCCUUCGGACUGGUCCUGGCCGCAAUCGGUGAACCCCGCCGCCUCGCCAAACAACUCUUCGCGAUCACCGACGGCUUCUUCGCGCUCUCUUCUUCGUCUGGUUGGGAGCGGCGAUCAAUCUGCGCGACCUCGUCACCCAUCCGUCCGCCAUCUGGCUCGGAUUGGUCUUGGGUGGAGCAACUCUGUGGUUCACGCCGCGAUACGCGUCCUCGGUCUUCCGCUCCCGCUCGGCGUGCUGUCCGCCGCACAACUGGGAGUACCGGUUGCCGCAGUGACGGUGGGCACUCAAUUGGGGGUGAUGGGCGACGGUGAACCCGCAGCCAUCCUCCUCGCCGCCAUGAUCACGAUCGGGGCAGCAACACUGGCUGGUGCUGCCGCGUCGAAAGCCGAUCAGCCACACGACGGCGGCGACGUUCACCAGCAGCAGCCCGGCCCUCAACCACGUGAUCUUCUCGGUCAAUUCGUAGAUUUCGAGGGGCAGGAACAAGCUGGUCGCCACCACUGCGAAGUACUCGCCCCAGCGUUUGACCAUCCACAGCCCGACGGCCUCGAUCACUUGCAGGCCCGCGUAGACCAACAGACCGACCGCGAUCCAGGUGAGCGUCGUCGCCGACAACGAAAACGCCUGCUCGAUGUGAUGGACCAGUUUGGAAUCGUCGAUGUUCCAACCCAGCUGGCGGGCCAAUGGUCUGAUCAACGGCAAUUCGUUCUCGAAGGCGUCCUCGACGCGCCCUUCGACGAUCUGAGUUUGAACACCCCCGAUCGCCAGAAGAACCAACCCCAGAGCGCGGAACAUUCUCUCGGUGGCAAGAAGUCGCAUGAUCAACCGGUCGCGAAGCAGCCGUCCCCGCGGAACCUCGGGAGCGGCGUCCGCCGGCCCGGACGCUCGCGGUGCUCCCGGAACGAAGUUGCCGCAACG